AUGACUCCUGUUGAAGCUAGUAAAAAGAAAAAUGAAAAUAAAGUUUGGUCUAAUUUAUACGGUGAUUUAAUCUACUUGAAACCUGGUAAACCAAAGUUUUAUAUUGGAGAUAAAGUUAGAAUUUCAAAAUAUAACAGAAGGGAAUUUGAUAAAGGUUACACGCCAAACUGGACAGAGGAGAUAUUUGUAAUUGAUAAAGUUUUACCAACAAAACCUGUUACAUAUAACAUCGUUGAUUUGAUGGGAGAAGAAAUUAAGGGUUCUUUUUAUGAACAAGAAUUACAGAAAGCAAAACAGCAGACAUUUAGAAUAGAAAAGAUAAUCAGGAGGGAUAAUAAAAAGAAAAUGGCAUUAGUAAAAUGGAGUGGUUACCCUGAUAAAUUUAACUCAUGGAUUAGUUCUAAGGAUUUGGUUGAUUUUUAA